UUAAUCAACAACAGCGCCUCUCUCUUGGUGUGUGUGCUGUGCGUGUGGAGGAGUAGCGCACUGAUGAUUGUGCGCAAAGGAAGACAUGAUUUAUUGUUUGCAAAGUCUGAAAGUGCACUCGAGCAAAUUUAACAAAGAGGUUGUAUUUAUAUAUUCUAUUCUGUAUUCGGUUAUAGUUGCUAAGCUGGCAAAUCAAGGCACAUCUUUUCUCGUAUUUUUUUCCAUUCAGCUCGAGGCAUCAAAAGCAUCCAGAUAUUUGAAGUUGGGCAAACAACUACAUAAUGUUUUCUAAUACAACAAACAAAUGGUGCCCAUCACCCUCAUUUCAACAGUCAAAGGGCUUUGUGAGCGUAGAGGUCAAAGGUCAGGGUCAGGCGCAGUCGUGGAACUAUUGGGGAUGCAGGAUCUUGUCAAAAGAAAGUCUCAUUAAAUUAAGUUAAGUCAAAUUAAUAAAAUAUAAGAUCAGUCUGUGUGUACUCUACGCACAACUCUUUGAUUGGCAAAAAGGAGGGAAGCACCACCCACCUCUAAUUUUUAUUCAGCUUUUUUACCCCAAUCCCACUGUCUCUUUCAUUCCCUCUCUCUGACACACACGCACACACAUACAGACAUGCACACAAACGCACGCAGCCCCCUGCUCUCAUCUGACGUGUCCUUUCAUAAGUGUCUGGAUAAUAGAUAAUGGAGGCAGCGGCCUGCGGGGGUCUUACAAAAACGGCGCUCGGUGAGUGGGGGCAUCACACACGAGGAGAGAGGAAAGGAGCACACGCCACACACAGACAGAGCAGCAAAGUGGCCUCUCAUAUCUUGCAAUCGCCGCGUAAACAGACAGGGCCUCUCAACUUUUACGCACAGAGACUGACUUUUACGCACGAAGCCAAGCGCAGAAGUAGACAGAAACGCCUUCAGAAGAAACUUUAUUGGGAUGCAGGAGCCUCUCGAGGAUCUUACCUGAAAGCAGCGGGCCUGCAGAACAAACUUCAUCAGUAAAUAUCUCAAAUACUGAUUAGCUUCAAUACAGAUGGCUGUGAACUUUGGAGCUGAUCCGUCAGACGCAGACUGAUAUGAAGACCGUCGAGUAAUACAUAUAAAAUAUAACUUUAAAGGCUUUUUUAUUUAAGACACAAACUUCAAGAAAACAAAGCAACCAUGCCUCGUCCAGGGAAGAACUCUUACAGCGACCAGAAGCCCCCAUACUCCUACAUCUCACUGACAGCGAUGGCUAUCCAGAACUCAACCGAGAAGAUGCUGCCCCUGAGUGACAUUUACAAGUUCAUCAUGGACCGCUUUCCGUACUAUAGAGAGAACACUCAGCGGUGGCAGAACUCCUUGCGCCACAACCUCUCCUUUAACGACUGCUUCAUCAAGAUCCCUCGGCGGCCUGAUCAGCCCGGAAAGGGCAGCUUCUGGGCUCUGCACCCGGACUGCGGUGACAUGUUUGAGAACGGCAGCUUCCUGAGGAGACGGAAGCGCUUCAAGGUGCUGCGCGCGGAGCACAUGGCCUGCAAGAGCUCCCCGAUGAUGCAUUACUUCCACCAUCACCACCACCACCACCCGGGUAGCAAGCUGGGCACAGCGUCUGCCCCUCAUGACCACUCAGCCGGGCAGGCCAGCUCGAUGGGUCGGCUUCCUCACUUUCAGGGUUAUGGGGGCAUAACGUGCGCACAGCCCGGCGGGUUUAAACACCCUUUCGCCAUCGAGAACAUUAUUGGACGGGACUAUAAGGGUGUGAUGGCAAGCGGGCUCCCCCUCACUUCGGUCAUGCACCACCUGGGUUACCCGGUGCCCCCGCAGCUCAGCAGCGUGGUCAACUCCAUGUGGCCGCACGUGGGCAUGCUGUCAGAGUCCAUGGGGGGCGUGCCUGUGCCCGCAUCCUCCGAGUACUCACCCUUCAGUGUAUCAACAAAGGGCCUGUACCACAACGGGCAAACCCUGCCCGCAGUUCCAGUGCCGAUAAAACCCACCCCGUCCCUGGGGCCCGUGCCAGGUCUGACGGGGCUGCAGUCCGGCCCGGCUCAGCUCUGCUCGCCGGCCUCAGUGAUGGAGAAAAGCGAUCUGCUAGAGGGGAAAGGCAACCCACUCCACCCUGCUCUCCUGCUGUCCUAACCGGGUAAAAUGCGAAAGAAGGACAUUCUUAACGUGUCAAAUUACACAUAAUCAGCAACGUUAUAUUUUCAGUUUCUUGCAGCUGUAGGAGUAAAAAGUCAGGUACCAUUGUGCUGUGUAAUUAUCUUUCUUUUAUUAGACUCAUGUUGAUUGAAAUCAUAUUUAUUUGCACACUUUGUGAGGGCAUUUACCACAUACUGUAAUGUGGCACUUAUAAAUACAAUCAGACACGUGGAGACGCUAAAGCCCAAAGAAAGGUCUGAAAUACUUUCCAAAUGCGAACCUACAAGUAUGUUUAUACUUUUGUUCUGAUUCUAUUUAUUUUAUUCUAAUCUUUGGCAGGCCGAUCGGCUUAAAACAAACAGGCCUUCGUGUUUUUAAUUAGGCCUGUUGCACUUUUUUUGUGUGUAACUUUGCGGUGCAUUGAAAAUGUUAUGCUUGUAUUAAAACACUAUUUAUCUGAGGAUAUUUAUAAAGAACUUAAAAAUGA